ACUUAGCCUGCGACCAUACGAUGUACAAAGCAUUUCGAGUUCGAGAACACAAAACGCCGUCGUUUCCUAUUUUCUUAAAUUAUAAAAAAAAAGAAAAAAAAAAAAAAGAACAAACAAGGGGGAAAAAUCAUGGCGAACAUUGCUGUAUGAAUAUCGUGCGGGGCGUUUGUUUAGGGACAGAGAGUGAGAGGUGAAGAGCGAGAAAUGAGUACCUCAGAGUCCGUACGAAGCAGUUUGGACAUUUCUGAUUUCGAUCACAUUCCUUAUUACUGUGAGGAGAACGUAUACUUCCUUUGCAAGAAAUUAUGCACCAGUGGAGUGGCAGACGCUGGGGGAUCUGAUCUUUUUGUCGUUUUCAUUUCUAAUGAGAAUAAACAGAUUCCAUUGUGGCAUCAGAAGGCCAGCAAAAGAGCAGACGGGAUAGUUCUCUGGGAUUAUCAUGUUGUUUGCAUUCAGAAAAGAAGAGAAGGUGACACUCCUCACUUAGUGUGGGAUUUAGAUUCAAGCCUUCCAUUUCCUUCUCCUUUAACCUCCUAUGUGUCAGAAACUAUCCGGCCAUCAUUUCAGCUCUUCUCUGAGUACCAGAGGUUUUUCCGGAUUGUGCAUGGUCCAAUAUUUCUUCGUUGCUUUGCAUCGGAUAGAAGACACAUGAAAGAUUCUGUUGGGAACUGGAUUGCUGAACCUCCUGUAUAUGAACCCAUAGUCGCUGAAGGGGUUGGUCAAGUGAGGAGAAGGCUCGUCUCAUGACUGAUUUCCUCUGAUCCUUGCUGGAUUGCGGAUUGUUAGGGCUCCCGGUCAGCCAUUAUGUCGGAGGACAUUAAUUCUCUGGGCGAGUAUCACGGGCGGCUAUCAUGCUGGAUAUUCUCUAUUCGUUUUGUCAUUGAUCCGUGGUUAAUGACAGAUGGGUUUGAAUUACAUAUUGGCGCAUAGUGGUUGUUGGUUCUUCAGUCGAGGGUCAUGGGCCUCGGACCUUUGAUCCAUGGGCUCUCUCGGUCGUGGGCUUGGCCCACUCUUUAAGGGGGAUUAUUCGGCCCUGCAAUUUUCAUAGAAAUGGACAUGGUGUGGUGUUCUCUCCUGUAAUCUAUUAGAGGAAUUUGGAGAGCAUUGUGUUGUGUAAAUGGUCACCAUUUUGAUAGACUGUUUUUUUGACAAGCAACCACGUCAAUGAAUAUCGUUUCCUUUCUGUUUCUCAGUUAAUACUUCUGAAUUUUAGCUAUUUAAGUAGCUUUCGGGGUAAAAUUGGAUUCCCAAAAGUAUUGCAUUUUGAUGUGAUAACAUGGCUCUAAGACAUUAUGACAAGGCUUUACUUUUCUGUCGCCUGUAUCUGCUUGUGCAGAUGGUGCCAUGCACAACUUGAAUGAGUACAUUGA